CAUCGUGAUGCAAACAAUGGGUUGUUACGUCUCACGAACUUCGUGACGUAGAAUAUGAGUCACAAUGAUUAUUGUCACGUCAUAACCGGGAUAAAUGGAACGCGGGACUUCUGCGAUCUUCACUUCGAUCUUGAAAAUGUGGGAACGAUUUUUCAUCUUCGUCGUUCUUUGUUGUGCUAGCAAAGGCCACGCGAAUUCCAUCGAACCUCCUGAAGGAGCUGGCGCAGGUGCUCGACAACCCCCUCCCGUGGAUAGAAACACACUUGGAGAAAUCGCGGAGACAAUCGAGCCGAUCUCGAACGAGUUGACCCAUUGUAUGGAAGCGCCGCCAGGGUGCAGUAGAGAGUGCGUGCUUGGUUUCAUUAGAACAUCCGCUGGGUGUCAGUGUAGAUGCGCCACCCAGGGAAUAAUGGAGGGUGACAUCAAAAUAGAAGCUGGACAAUACAAUGGAAUGCUUAACGCUAUGGGACUUCCCCGUGAAAGCCACGUGACAACCAGGGGGGCCACUGGCGCCACCUUCGGGCGCAAGUGGCCGAAAGAAGGUGAUUUCGUCAUCGUGCCUUACACUUUUAACGCGAAUGUUGCGGAAUCGAAGCGGGAAAAAGUCCGCCAAGCUAUCCUGAGAUACAAUGAAGUCACUUGCAUCAGGAUUCGUCCCAGGAGGGGAGAGAGAGAUUAUAUUGAGAUCAAAGAUGGAACUGGAUGCAUGUCGGAUCUUGGGAGGUCGGGAGGGAAACAAUCGAUGACGCUUGGUAGAGGAUGCGACUCGAUGCGAGGAAUAAUCAUCCACGAGUUCAUGCACGCCCUCGGAUUCUUUCACGAACAAUCAAGGUUCGAUCGCGAUCGUUACGUCACAGUCGUUUGGAACAACAUAAAAUCGGGAGCCAAUGUCAACUUUAACAAGAUGGGACGGGAAACAUGGGACAGUUAUGGUUCGGACUACGAUCCGGAUUCAGUCAUGCAUUACGGGGGGAACUUCUUCUCAAAGAACGGACGGCCUACCAUUAUUAACAAGGCGACAGGGAGGGCGGUAAACUACCAACGCCGCGACUUUUCGAGGCAGGAUCUUCUACAACUUAAUAGGAAGUAUGAAUGUUCAAGUUAUCAGGGACAACAAUCAGAAGGGUUUCCGGUAGCGGCCACCACCACGACACCGGCUCAGACGGGACCUUGUGAGGAUAGAUCACCGUGAGUUGAUGGUUGAUGACAUCAUUGGUUACGUCAGCAAGAACGUCAUGGAUGACGUCAUUAAUUUCGUUGUUGGUGACGUAACCACUGACGCUGUUGCUCUUAACGU